CAUAUGUAACCAGGGUGAGGAGUAAAUCGCAAACGACUUCUCAACCGUCCAUUAAAGAUGUCCAUGACCGGCUUCGACCUGUCGUUCCGGCAUCUAUGCUCUCCAUAUAUUACCUUCAGAUUCGAAUUUCCCACUCAAAUUCGCCGGAAAAUCACCUGCACCGCUAUUAGGCCCACAAUUUGCUCAACAUCAGCUCCUUCGACCGCCGUUUCCGAUUCAAAUGAGAAUCAGGCUCGCACUUCAUAUGGCAGGAGAAUGAUGAUUUCUAUGAUCGCAUUUCUUUUGCCUUUCCAUCAAUCAAUGCAGCAUUCUUCAGCUAACGCUAAUGCUGCAGAUGAUCUACUCUUUUUACAGGAAGAAAUAAGAAAAGUAUUGACAAAGGGAAAGGCUGCUGGUGUUCUUCGUUUAGUUUUUCACGAUGCAGGAACAUAUGAAACGAAUGAAAAUUCAGGUGGUAUGAAUGGCUCUAUAUUAUAUGAACUUGAUAGACCUGAAAACAAAGGUCUUAAAAAAUCUUUAAAGAUUAUUCUGGAAGCAAAAAAGAUGGUGGAAGAGACACAACCAGUGUCAAUGUCUGUAUCAGUGUCUGAUGUGAUUGCUGUAGCCGGAGCUGAAGCUGUUUCUUUAUGUGGAGGUCCAAAAAUUCCUGUUAGAUUAGGCCGAUUAGACUCAAUGGUACCUGAUCCCGAGGGAAAGCUUCCGGAAGAAACGUUGGAUGCUUUUGGACUUAAACAAAGUUUCAAACGAAAAGGUUUUUCGACACAAGAACUUGUAGCAUUAUCUGGUGCACAUACUCUUGGAAGCAAGGGAUUUGGGAAUCCGAUUAUUUUUGAUAAUUCAUACUACAAAGUAUUGUUGGAGAAACCAUGGUUAUCUCCAGGAGGGAUGACAAGUAUGGUCGGUCUUCCUUCAGAUCGUGGUCUCAUUGAGGAUGAUGAAUGCUUAAGAUGGAUCUCAAAAUAUGCUGAUGAUCAAGAUUUGUUCUUUAGAGAUUUCAAGAACGCUUAUAUAAAACUUGUCAAUUCUGGUGCAAAAUGGAGGAGACCAAACUCAUAGUUCCAACUUUCAACGUGCUUUAAGCAAUAAAUAGAUCCCAAAAUUUACAUUGUUUUUAUAAAUUAUUAUACACAUGUCCAUGGAAAAUUGGAAAUUACAACAAUUUUCAUCUUAUA